UACACAGAUAUCAUGAUACACAUGUUGAGCUUUAAUGUGUUAGAUAUAUUGACGCAGUCGAUGUAUUGAACUCAGAGAUAGAGAAAGAGAGAGAGAGAGAGAUAGAGGAGAGAGUGAUGUGUUGUUAGACGUGAGCUUGCUAAUAGAUGAAAGAGCAAUAUAAUCACUCCAGUGUAUGCUUUGCAGUUCUUCAUAUCUCGAUACUCUCUUCCACCUUCAAUGUAAUGUUGAUUUAAUUAGGGAGUGGAUUUUGCGUCAGAUCUCGAACUUUGGCAGGCUUCAUUAUUUUGAUUGAAUACCGAACAAAGAAGACGUGUAAGAACUUUGUAGUUAUUCUUUCAUUGUAACACGACGAGUGUUGCCAAGGAACUGAUGAUAAUUAAUCAUAUGCACAUGAAACUAUAGUUAUUGGAAAGUUUAACCAAGUUGAAUACAAGUUUGCUGCAAGAGAAAGAUACAACGGUCGGAAAUGAUGGGAAACUGUAAAUUGACCAUGCUGGUAUUAACAGCAUGCCUGUUCCUGAACGUAUUUCUAAAUUACGUAUCUUGCCUUACCGAUGACGAGAUCAACGAGUUCGGAGCAAGAAACCACACCGACCCGAACACCGGUCUCCAAGGAUUCAUCACCAUCGCUGAACACAACGAUGACACCUAUGUGGUGACAUCGAACGGGAUUCCCGAUCAUAUCGCUGGACCUUUCGCUCUCCCUGACGACGUCGAUGACAUUCGUGAGCAGGACUUUGAGUUCUACAUCCCCAAGAACCCGACUUCGUCGAACGCGAAGUACGAGUUGCCGAUGGGUCCGGUCGGGUUGGCGCUCAACGGCGUCGCCCUCUUCAACCCGUACGCCGUUGGGGGAACCGACGCCGUGAUCACGGAGGAGGAGACGUUCGAUGAAUGCGAUGGUCACCCAACACCCAUUGACGGUAUCUAUCACUACCACAGCAGUCCUUUCUGCGUGUUCAGCGACCGAGAUAACGUACCAUCAACCAUCAUCGGCGUGGCCCUGGAUGGGUUCCCUAUCUAUGGCCCGAACGACGAGAACGGCAACGAACUGUAUACUGCGGAUCUUGACGUAUGUCACGGCCGUUACGUCGAGGGUAAAUACCGUUACCACAUCACAGAGGAUUUUCCGUACAUCUUGGGCUGUUUCCAUGGAGUGGUCGACAGCAGGAACCUAAGACCAAACCAGGUCCUACCAACGGUAGAUACUAGCGGUAAGGCUAGCAACAUUGUACAUGGUAGUGUAACCAUGGUGACGGUACUGACUACCUUACUCGUUAUUUUGUUCUAAUCAUUUUAAGUGUCCUUUCCAUUUCGACCAAAGCCCAAUAUAAUUAUUUCGAGACAACUUUAAAAAAAGCUCAUUUACUUCGAUAACAACGUCCUCUGUUAUACAAUUAUUUUUAAUUAUUCUUAAUUCUUAUCUUAAAUGCAUGCAGCAAAAAUAUGUCACUGCGUUCACUUUCAGAAAUGUUUCUGUUUGUAUUUUGCAAAGUCAACCGAUUUCUGUAUUCAAUUCAAUCCAAGACUUUAUUCCAGACUUAGCUGUAAAAGCAGAGGUCUAUCUGUUGAUUUGUAUAAAUGAAUGAUGCUUCUAAUUUACACGACAAUGAAGUCUGACUGUUAGAAAGCGAUGGCUCAUAAUAUAUAUUCAAUUUCAAGUUUAUCUGAUUCCAAUAAAAGCAUAUUCACAUACAGGUCAGAAAUACAGACCAGAUGCAAUAAUUAUAUAUGAAAUCAGUGUAUCAUACAAGAUGAAGGCGGUUUAUCGAGAUAGUUCCUUUAUGCAAUAAAGUAGAAAGUGCUCGAAUUUAAGAGGAGCAAAUAGAUUUAAACAUCAAAUUAUAUAAAUACUAGUAUGCAGAACAAAAAACAAAA